AUGACGUGGCCGAGUCCGUUUCGUCGCCGCACGCCAAAUACACGAAGCUGCUGGGGUUACACAUUUGAAUUUACCGACGAACAUCUCACACCUGCGACAUGUGCCCCACUCAAGCGCUCCUACGAUGUCCUGGGCGAGCGCGUCCUCGAGCGGUUGAACGAAAUCUCGCCACCGCCGCGGAAGGACCUGCCGCGGAAUCAGAGCCAAUUCUCCAAAGCAGUGCCCGGCGAAUUACACACCGAUAGCGAUCCUGGCGAAAGGCCGAAGGUGCCUCGAAGGGAUCUCUAUGCGCUGCUCAAGGAACAUGCCGAACAUGACGAUCUGUUGCGGCACUUCUGGAAGGAAGUCAAUACCGUGCCUGACUGGGUCGAUUGGGCGCAGAUCGAGCGCGGCCAAGAUGUCUUCUACCGGUACGGUGCGGCUUGCCUCACGGGGCUCGCGUUUCAGAGUCUCCUGGGAGGUAUGGGCGCUGCUCGAGUGGUGGAGACGUUGGCGCGCACGGGAGGCUUCUCCACGAAGGUCGCGCGCGGACGCUUGUUCGAAACGACGCAGCAUAUUCUCCAGUGCACAAAGGAUCUGGCGAGCAUGCAACCUGGAGGCGAUGGGUUUGCUUCGACGAUUCGGGUUCGGUUGCUUCAUGCUGCGGUCCGGCAGCGAAUCCUGGGGAUGGAAAAGGCUCGGCCGGGAUAUUACGACGUCGAAGCCUGGGGUACGCCGAUCAAUGACCUGGAUUGUCUCGCGACCAUUGCCAGUUUCUCAGGCUCCUUGAUCUGGUUGAGUCUUCCACGACAAGGCAUCUUCCUCCGACGGCAGGAGAUUGACGACUAUGUCGCAUUAUGGCGAUAUAUCGCCUAUGUCAUCGGUUGUCCUGAUCAGGGAUUCCGUACCGCUGCCGAGGCUAAGAAGAUCUGUGAGACGCUGUUGUACUAUGAAAUCGAUCCGUCGCCGACGUCUCGCAUCAUGGCCAACAACAUCAUCAAAUCCCUAGAUGGUCAACCUCCGGCUUACACUUCCGCCGCCUUCCUCGCCGCGACCGCACGUUGGCUGAACGGGCAUGAACUCUGCGAUCGUCUCGGCCUCGAGCGCCCAGGCUGGUAUUACUACAUCUUGACGACAGGGCAGUGCCUCUUUUUCUGCUUCUUCUGCUACUUGUACCGCUCCUUCCCGUCGCUGGAUCGUAAGAAAAUCGCCACGCUAAAGUACGCCUUUUACCGCAUUAUCGUCCACUCGUCAUUUGGGCUUCAAGGCCAAGAAUCCUCGUUCGAAUUUAAGUACAUGCCCGAGUAUCAUAUCCUGACGGAGAUGGGCGAGGCACAGCCCCCUACAGGAGAUGGAGCGUCGCUUGAAAGUCGGUAUCUCCGGACAUUCCUGAUUGCGGCGGCGCUGCUGGGAGGUAUCGCAAUUGUCGGGACCAUGUCCUUGUUGCGCGUCCUUGGCUUGGGAGUGUGA